AUGGUAUCAGAGCGAGACGAUCUUGAGAAAAUCGACUCCGAUACAGAGAUCUUGCCUAAUCCGGGCAACUUGGCGAUAGCGUUAGUUCAGUUUAACGGUGACAACUUUGAUGAAUGGGCUCAAGCGGUGUGGACUGCGCUGCGAGUAAAGAAGAAGUUUGGUUUCGUUGACGGAAGUGUGACGGAGCCGGCGAAAGAUGCAGCAGACCAUGAAGAUUGGCUUUCUGCUAAAUCAAUGGUGACUUUGUGGAUCUUAAACACAGUGGAUUCUAAAGUAAGAAGAACUUUGGCAAACAAAGAAGAUCCAGCGGAGCUGUGGAAAGAGAUUAAGGAACUAUUCUCUGAAGGAAACGGACCAAGAAUUCAGGAGAACAAGGCUGAACUGGCGGUUUGCCGACAAGGAAACUCGAGUGUGAUCGAGUACUUUGGAAAGUUACAAGUUCUCUGGGAAGACUUGUUGAACUAUGAAACAAGUCCGGAAUGCAAGUGUGGAUUAUGCAAGUGCAACUUGAAUUCCGAACUUGAGAAGAAACGAGAAGAAGAUCGGAUUCACCAGUUUCUUCUAGGGCUUGAUGAUGCUAUCUAUGGAGGAGUUCGCACUUCAAUCAUCAACACUGAUCCUCUUCCAAACCUUAACCAAGUUUACUCCAAAGUAAAAUAUGUUGAGAGAAUCAACACGGUGAUGCGUGGAAGAGAACAACAAACACCUCAAACGGCGUUUGUGACACAGAGAAACAAUGUAAUGUUCAAAGAGGAGAAGCUCAAAAUGACAUGCACAAACUGUAAGAAGAAAGGACACACCGCAGAGACAUGCUAUCAAACCAUCGGAUAUCCAGAAUGGUAG